AAUGGUGAUGACCGGUCUGAGAGCAUCCUUGCUGAGAACCAUGUGGAUGGCACCACAGGGAUCCUGAGCGGAGGUGGUGGGAGGAAGCCCAUGAAGACGGGCAUGAAGGAGCUGGCAGUUAUGAGGGAGAAGGUGAACGAGCAGCAGCGGCAGAUGGGCAAAGUUGGCAAGCCUCAUCACAACCACGAGGACUCCAAGAAGUCGCGGCUGUCGACGGGCAGGACCCGUUGUCAGCAGGAGCUGGAUCAGGUCCUUGAACGCAUCUCCACUAUGCGGCUGCCAGAUGAGCGAGGUCCCCUGGAGCACCUCUACUCCCUCCACAUCCCCAACUGUGACAAGCAUGGCUUGUACAAUCUUAAACAGUGCAAGAUGUCAGUGAACGGGCAGCGUGGCGAGUGCUGGUGUGUGGACCCCAUCCAUGGGAAGGUGAUCCAGGGCGCACCCACCAUCCGCGGGGACCCUGAGUGCCACCUCUUCUACACAGCCCAUGAGCAGGAGGACCGGGGAGCACAUGCCCUGCGGAGCCAGUAGACAGAUGUGAUCCUGCUUGCUGGAGGCGGCUCGCUGUGGCCCCAGUGCUGGAUUUUACAUGGGUUUCAGCAUGUCUCUUUAGGCUCUGGAAGAGACUGGGGUUGGGUCCUGCGUGCUGCCCUCCUUCCCCUGCUGCCUGGCUCCUGGGGAGGGUUAACGGGAGGGGAAGGGCGGUGGGGGGGUUGCAAGGAGAAGGGACUGCUUUCCUAUAGUCUUUCACCCAAUGUAAGCCAGAGAAUCGGUCUUUUUUGCUCCUCGCCCUGUGGCCCUGCCAUCCCUGCUGCUUUGCGG